AUGGCAUACCUGCGUUCCAAAUUCACCAAGAUAACGAAUAAUACAUCGGGAGGGGUUCUGUCCUAUGUUUAUCAAUGGAAAAUAACCAACUGGAGCGAAGUGGAACCUCUCGUCGAGCAUGCAAGUCCAGCGUUUGAUGCAGAUGGGUUGAGAUGGGUAUUUAAGUAUUAUAAGGGGCGUCAGAAGAACCCACAGGCUCUUUCUCUCUAUUUAGGAAUAGUUGAGACGACACCAGGAUGCCUGCGAGGCAUCCGCAAAAAGGUCUCGAUAAUAUUUGUGUUGGAGAAUCUGAGAACACGCGGGAUGGAUUUUGGAAAAGUCGAGCUUCCCGUAUGGUUUUGUGAUAGUAAAUAUUAUGCAAUUUUUAUUCCACUGCCGUGUGAUCCGCUUUACAUCAAGGAUUAUAAACUUGAUUACUGUUCUUUGAUCGGUCGUCCAUUGUCACAUGCAUUUGCUUUAAGCGCAUUUAGAUUCGUUUCCAACGACACUAUAUCUCUUUGCGUGAACUUUGAAAUACAAGAAUCUGUUAUCGAUGCGCCACCCAAAAUUAGCAAUCCGUUCGAUCGACUGAUCAACUCUCCUCAAUUCUCUGAUGUGACGUUCCGAGUAAUCGAUGAAUACGAGUGCGAGAAACUGUUCUAUGUGCAUAAAGGCAUUCUUGCGUGUUCAUCGCCGGUGUUUACAGCAAUGCUGACGAAUGGGAUGAAGGAGACGUACGAGCGAGAGAUACGGUUGUGUCAGAUCAAUCACGAUGCGUUUGCAUCUCUUUUACGGUUUAUUUAUACUUUUGAAAUAAACAUUCAGUCAAUGACUGAUGCCGAACAACUACUGGCUUUGGCCGAGAGGUUUGAAAUUGUCCCGGUUCGGGAUGAGUGUUUGAGAUAUCUAAGAUUAGAGUUGAAUUUGGAUAAUGUUUGGGGAGUCUGGGAACUUGCAGAGAAGUAUUCGUGUCCAAAGACAUCAACCGCGUGUCGUGACUUUGCAGCCACGCACCUUGGAGUCCUUUUAGAUAAACCGUCAACCCUUCACGCCGACCCCAAUAUAUUGAGACUUGCUCUCGAAAAUGACGAAGCUAACGUUAGUUCUGAAGAGAAAAUCUAUGAAUUAGUCGUACGAUGGGCAAGUUUCAAUGUUUCGUCUAAUGAAGUUUCUAAUAGUACAACAUCAGAUCCAAACCAGGAAAAUGAUUCUUCAGUUUGCAUGCCGUCGGAGCCUUGGGGAAGGCUUGAUGAGGAGAGAGUUGAUGAAGCACCUGAUGGCGAUUUACGUGAUGGUGACAGAGUUGAAGAUACUGAUAUUUGGAACAAAAUGUCAGAGAACGAAACAGAAAAGACUGAUAGAUAUACAUUUCCUCGAUCGUGGGAUGGUGAUCGUUUAAGCGCAAUGCCCAUGUUGUUAAAAUGUGUAAGAUUUCCUAUAAUGCAGAAGGGAUACCUUAUUGAUAAAGUUGAAACCAAUCGGAUAGUGAUGGAGGCUGAAGGGAUGAAAGAUUUGCUAAUUGAAGCAUAUAGAUAUCAUUUGAUGGCUGAUGGUGCGAACCAAUCGCUCUUGCCGCGCACAAAGCAUCGACGUCGCAAGCCGAGAGUGGACUGA